CAAACACAACAGAAUCCCGGUAGAGAGAGAGAGAGAGAGACAAAAAAAAAAGCGCCCCUCGGUUCAGAUCCCGGCGCCAAGCCACGCCCACGCCGCGAGCCCCGGGACACUGACCGCGCCAAGGAGCGGGCACGAGGCUUCCUGCCCCCCCCCCCCCCCCCACGCCCGGCCGCCCCCCGAUCCGAUGCUCUCCGGCGACCAGGACCUCCCCGACGGCAUCGGGAUGGCGCGGCUGGCGUGGACGCGCCUCCCCACCGCCGACGGCGGGGCGGGGGCGGGGGCGGAGGGGCCCGCCCCAUCCUCCCCCUCCGGCGCCGGCUACGACCUCUUCGCCGGCGGCGUCGAGAGCCUCGACUACGAGGUCGUCGAGAACUACGCCUACCGGGAGGAGCAGGCGCAACGGAGCAAGUUCUGGGUGCCGUACUACGUCAUGCUCAAGUGGCUCUUCUCCCUACUGAUCGGCGUCGGUACCGGAAUGGCUGCUAUUUUCAUAAAUCUGGCGGUCGAAAACUUUUCUGGCUGGAAAUAUGCAGCGACAUUUGCUAUAAUACAGCACUCAUAUUUUGUGGGGUUCUUGGUGUACAUAAUUUUCAAUCUGGCCCUCGUAUUUUCUUCUGUUUACAUAAUAACACACUUUGCACCAGCAGCAGCUGGAUCUGGUAUCCCAGAGAUCAAAGGUUACUUAAAUGGAGUGGAUACACAUGGAAUCCUCCUUUUUAGGACAUUAGUUGGGAAAAUCUUUGGGAGCAUCGGAUCAGUUGGAGGAGGUUUGGCUCUAGGAAAAGAAGGGCCUCUUGUUCAUACUGGGGCAUGCAUUGCUUCUCUUCUUGGACAGGGUGGAUCAGCAAAAUACCAUUUGAGUUCUAGGUGGGUGCGGAUUUUUGAAAGUGACCGAGAUCGGCGAGACCUUGUGACAUGUGGAUGUGCAGCUGGAGUUGCUGCAGCAUUCAGAGCUCCGGUUGGUGGGGUGCUAUUUGCCUUGGAGGAAGUUACAUCCUGGUGGAGAAGUCAUCUUAUGUGGAGGGUAUUCUUUACAUCUGCCGUUGUGGCUGUUGUGGUGCAAUCAGCAAUGAACUGGUGCAAGAGUGGAAAGUGUGGUCAUUUUGGGUCUGGGGGUUUUAUAAUCUGGGAAAUAUCUGGAGGUCAAGAAGAUUAUUCUUACCAAGAACUAUUGCCUAUGGCAAUUAUUGGUGUAAUUGGUGGACUUCUAGGGGCAUUAUUCAAUCAACUUACCUUGUAUAUAACUAAAUGGCGUCGAACAUAUCUUCACAGAAAAGGGAAACGAGUGAAGAUCUUUGAAGCAUGCCUUAUAUCUUUGAUUACAUCCACAAUUUCCUUUGUGUUGCCACUACUGAGGAAAUGCAGUCCAUGUCCUCAGUUAGAAACUAAUUCUGGCAUCGAAUGCCCUCGGCCACCUGGAACAGAUGGGAAUUUUGUCAAUUUUUAUUGUUCUAAAGACAACGAAUACAAUGAUCUAGCAACCAUUUUCUUCAAUACUCAGGAUGAUGCAAUACGUAAUCUAUUCAGUGCAAAAACAUUCCAUGAAUACAGUGCACAAAGCCUUAUCACCUUCCUGGUCAUGUUUUACUCCUUAGCUGUUGUGACAUUUGGAACCGCAGUUCCAGCUGGUCAAUUCAUUCCAGGAAUAAUGAUUGGAUCUACCUAUGGCCGACUUGUUGGAAUGUUUGUUGUUAAGUUUUAUAAGAAGCUAAAUGUUGAGGAGGGCACGUAUGCUCUACUUGGUGCUGCUUCCUUUCUUGGUGGCUCAAUGAGAAUGACUGUAUCUUUAUGUGUUAUAAUGGUUGAGAUUACAAACAACUUGAAACUCCUGCCGUUAAUUAUGCUUGUGCUUCUGAUUUCUAAGGCUGUGGGUGACUUUUUUAAUGAAGGGCUGUAUGAAGUGCAAGCCCAAUUAAGGGGCAUCCCAUUACUUGACUCAAGGCCCAAGCAGGUUAUGAGAAAUCUGAGUGCGAAGGAUGCCUGCAAGAAUCAAAAGGUUGUGUCUCUUCCUCGUGUUUCAAGAAUUGUUGAUAUUAUUUCUGUUUUGCGGAGCAACAAGCAUAAUGGCUACCCUGUUGUUGAUCAUGGGCAGAAUGGUGAGUCACUUGUCAUAGGUUUGAUACUUCGUAGUCACUUACUGGUACUUCUGCAAUCUAAAGUUGAUUUCCAGAAUGGUCCUUUCCCUUGUGGACCUGGCAUAAUGAACAGGCACAAUACAAGUGACUUUGUUAAACCAGCAUCAAGUAAAGGAAAGUCAAUUGAUGAUAUUCAAUUGACAGAAGAUGAGCUAGGGAAGUAUUUGGAUCUUGCCCCAUUUCUAAAUCCUUCUCCUUAUAUAGUGCCUGAGGACAUGUCCUUAGCAAAGGUGUACAAUCUGUUCCGACAACUAGGACUGCGCCAUAUAUUUGUUGUUCCUCGGCCUUCUCGUGUUGUUGGAUUGAUAACAAGACAAGAUCUUUUACUUGAGGAGAACGGCAAUAAUGUGACAACGGAGCUCCAGUCGACUAGUGUAAGGGGUCAGCUGAAUGGCAAAAUGCACAGUGGCAGCACACAUCUGGGGCAUCCUCUUCUUGAUAAAAUUAUGAUCGAGGAGUAAAUACAUGUAACCAUUAUUCUCGAGAUAAUUUUGGCAGCAAGCAGCUAACCUGCCGCUGAGGCGGCCCCUGACGGUUCGCUGAUGCAACAUGAAUUGGACUCUGCAGUCCUAUGAGCUGUCCUCAUGUAGUGGCUAAUCAGGUGAUGCCCCAUGCCUUGGAGACUAGUUAGAUGAUUGUAAGUUGUAACUCUUAGAGAUGUUUAUACCCAUCAUCCAUGUAUACCACGGGAAAACCAUCUGACUAUGUUCACACAUGAUUUUAUAGGAUUCAUUUUGCUUUACAGGAGGUUAUGGAUGUAAAUACAUUUCAAAAUGGAAAUUACAGGGAAGCCCCGAUCCAAUGCACGAGUUUUUAAAAUUGUUGCCAUGGUUUGCACAAAUUUAUGUUAACUGGUUUUGCUGGGCAUUUGCUUGGCUAUUUACAAACUAAAGUGCUAACAAGGACCUGCAGGCAUGAUGUUUGGUUGAUUAGAAAUUAUACCCACCAACUUAUCGUGAGAUUAC